AUGACUAUCUGCUCCGGGUGCGGAGCCGCGACGGAUGCCACCAUAUGCUGCCCCAUAUGCCUGAAAAACAACAAGAAGAUAUUUUACUGCUCGCAAGAAUGCUUCGAGACGAACUACACUGAACACAAGAAAAUUCACUACUUCAUAAAAAUGAUAAGCAGCGAGGAGAUGCACAGCAAGAUGCUGGAGCGGGACGGCAGCAGCGAGAGGCACAACUUGCCCGUGAUCAUACUGGGCGACGAGCGGGGCGGCGAGAGGAGCGGCGAGAACGGGGGCGAGGCGGUGGACAGGUCGCCCUUCCAGGCGCACCUCGCCGCGGAGCGCGCCAACUGCGAGGUGGGCGGAAACUAUGAGGUUAGCGGCAACUAUGAGGUGGGCGGCAACUAUGAGGUUAGUGGAAACCAUGACGUGAGCGACCUUCGCAACCUUCGCGACCAUCGCGAGGGGGGCGACCCCUACCCAGCCGGCGCGGAAACCAAGAAAGGCCCGAAAAAUAGCAAGUUCGAAAAGUUCGAAAAUUUGUACCGGAAAAAGAACAACAACAAAUAUAAAACUAUAAGCAACAACGACUACCUGUUUGACGACUCUAGUGAGCAGAACGAGGCAAGUGACAACAACACGUAUAAGGAAAACCACAAAAAGAGCAAACUGUCCAGGUGCAUGCACAAGCUGUCUGGCUACCUCUUCUGCAACAAGUACAACAUGAUGCUGCCGUACUAUAACGAUAUGUCAGUCAAGCUGGACAAAAUUAACUUAAAAAACGCAAAGGGGAAAACUAAACUGAGCGAAAAAAAGAUACAGGAAAUAAAAAAACAAAUAAAGAAAAAAAAAAUUUUCCAACUCACCAUUCUCCUGGUGGUCAUAUCCAUUGUUGUCAUUUUGGCUACCUGUGUAUUUUCGUACAUCCUUGAAACGUCGCAGAAAAAUCUCCAAAUCAACUCAGAAAUUUUGUUAAACAAAAAUAAUGCUGCUAAAAAUGCCGAGAUUGUGGAACUGAAGUCCUACAUCAACGUCAUAGAAGAUUUGCGGAAAGAAAUUUCUGAAAUGAAGGAAGUUCUCUACACACAUAAUGUUUUUUUAAAUAAAAAUUUUAACCUGAACAGGUCAUACAAUUUAUUUAACAAUUCGAGCAAAAUGAAGUCAAACCCUGCUGCUACGCAUAGUAAGAAGACCGCAGAUAAGUUGGGCAGUCUUACUUCGCACCUGUUUUAUGAUAACCCCUCUUCUACCUCCGAUGGGAUUUAUACUUAUGGGAAUGCUGAAGGAGAUGGAAAAGCGGACCAUUUUGACAGCCCCGUUCAUCUAACGCAACACCAUUAUGAUGUUAAUGAUAUUCACGAGGUAAGCAAAGGCACCGGUGGGGAGAUCUCUAAGCAUGAAGGGGGAGAAAUUAAUCUUCCCUAUCGCACAGAUGAGGAAGGAGAGCAUCACCAUCCACAAAUGAAAGACUUGAGAGAAUCGUUUCGAUUGAACGGUGUAGAAAAUGAGAACAACACUGUAGGAGGGGAUACCCCUUUACAAAAUGGGGAGGUACACCUGGGUGGUGAAAACGCCAGCGAACUGAGUGGAGGAGACCCUCCCACAAGCGAAAACGAACUGGUGCAGGAAAAUGUGAAAAAUUUUAUAAAAAAUCACAACAUGCCGAACAACAUGGAGCAGGCAAAAAUAAGUAACGUAAUCGUCAAUGAAGAGAAACCCAUAAACUCCAAAAAUCACAUGGCAGAAAAUAACGGCGCUACUGGUGAUACGCAGGCAGGGGAGAUAAACAACGCGCCCAAUGAAAAUAACAUACAUAGUCACGAGGAAAAGCUGAAACAUAAGAAGUAUACCUUCAAGGCGGACGGCGGUGAAGGGGACAACAACACAGAGAGGAAGUUCGUCAGUAGCAAACUCAACAAAAAGAAGCAAAACACGAUUUGA